AUGGCGCUGUUCUCCUCCUCAAACUCAUCACAAGACUCGGGCUCGUCUGGCGCUCCGGCGACGGUGGCGCCGACGCGGUCGGAGCGACAGGCGUGCUGGACGCACCGCGAUGCCUACUUUGGCUGCCUCACGCGCAACAAGGUCACCAUCCCGCCGGGCACGGAUAUGAGCGACGGCCGAGGCGCCAUUGGCAAGGCCGCAAAGGAGGAGCAGGAGAGGCUGCAGCGCGAGAAGAACCAAUCGGUCGAAGAGGCCAGGAAGGCGGAUCCGUGCAUCCAGGAGCGCGAGGGCUACGAACAGAACUGCGCCAGGAGCUGGAUCGACUACUUCAACAAGCGCAGGGUGCUCGAGGAGCGCCAGAAGAUGAUGUACGCCCAGGGUGGGCCGCAGCCGGCGGCAAAGUAG